AUGUGCCCCGGGAAGGACUACGCGGAUGUGUAUCCGAUAGAGAUCCGCACGAAAAAAGUCACCCGUCGCAGUCUGUUCAACCUGAGCACUGAACCUAGCAGGCGCACGCAGACACAAGACUGGGGUCGAUAUCAGCAAUCUUCGUACAGUCUGCCACGGAUCUCACAAACAAUGAGGGUGCCAAGGUUUCACAUCAUCGAGCCACGGGAACAGAAUAGGGAGUGUCAUGCCGAAGAGAGUCCUGCAAGACACUGGAUACCUCGAAGUCGAUCAUUCCAGUUCGACCUACCAUCCAUCAGGCGAUUCACAGAUCGUGUCGGCGAUCCUGAAUUACGCCCAUCAAGACGCCGCGACAGGUCGCCCCGCCCUUUUGCGGUCGAUUCCCCGGAGGUAAUAACGAGGAUACUGCGAAGGCCUCGCCGGUCGACGUUUACUCAAACAAGUUCCGACUCAUUGCAAGAUAGUGAUGCCGAUGGAUUCGAAGAUACUGAAUCAGAAGACGAUUCGGACAGUUCCUCCUCUUGCAGCCCUCGUUACUCUCGCCCUAGCCGGCCAACGAGAAAUCCCCGACCCCCUAGAGAACGAACUCCCGUCAGUGAGCGUGAACCUAUGCGCACGAGACAGCGCCGGACUGCCAGUCGGCCGGUGGAGAUCCAUCAAAGCAACAGCCCCAUCCAUGACAGCGACGGCGAGAGGAACAUGGGGCGGCGGCGACAGGUACGCUUUUCCGAGGAGGUGGACUAUGUUCAAAACACCAGGCGAGCCAGAGAACACAGCAUAGCUAGUAAGCUAGGUGGUCGAAGACGCGCCUCUUUUGAUCAUUCGAAUCAAAAGACUCCCCAUGUCCGAGUGGACAACCGGCGCGAUUCAUUCAACAGCAGCCCGUCUCUAAGACAUCGUUCGCCCCCAUUCGGAGAGACGCGUGGAACGGAAAGAACAUUUGCAAAUCGGUCCCGCACCAGUCGCAUGUCACCACGGAUUAUUCAAGAUGGCAGACGCCAGAUAUCAGAGGCGGCAGUGCGCAUUUACGCCGAAGCUCGAUCGAGGCGGAGCUACGCGGAUCUGGGGAAUAAUCUCAGAUCAUACACCGUCUGGGGGCGAAGCUGCCCAUCUGAUCGUUCUAGAGCAUCUCGGUCUGACGAAUUGAGGACAUCAUUUGAUGAUACAGAGCGAUAUGGAUAUGGACGGCGUGGGCGUUGGCGUUGAAGUCAUGUUGUUUUAAGCGAUGGCUUGCUGUAUUUCAUCGAAAUAGAAG